CCAAACCGCCAAAUCAAAAACCCAACGGCUCUUUUAAGAGCCACUCCAUGUUCACCGGGAAAGAGCGCUCGCUCGGGCAUUUGCUGUGUCUUCAUUUAUUUCAAACUUUUGGGGGCGGGGUGGGAUUAUUUUUAACUACGAACAUGUUAAGUUAUAUGCGUUCUAAACUUGCAGGUAAUACUGUGCUGACUACAACGGGUAACCAUUGGAAGCCGCGGCGUGUAAAAGUGUUUGGCUUCUUGGCCAAUAGGAAUAAUCCGUUACUCUUCUAGCCACUAGCAUUAAAUCACGAGCGGAGAGGAGCUUCUGAUUGGUGGAGUUGCUCAAGCCGUUUCAACGCGGAAGCCCGCGCUUUUGUUUGGUUCUGUUUUUCAUACGGAGGUUACGCGACAAGGGUUUCUAUAUGCGGGGGUGAAGUUGAGAAGGCUGCCGUAGUAUUGCCGGACUGAUUGUCUGAGUAAUAUAUGUCAAAAUGUCCACGAGUAUUUAUCACGGCGGGUGAGACGGCUGCAACCCUACUCAAGCAUUCGCCCCCUCCCCACUUAGGUUGUAUGGGGCUGGGUGGGGAUUCUGUACGCAAUGUUUCCUCCCUCGCUAGGUACUGCGGUCUCCAACAUACUACUUUCACAGUUCUGUUUAGAUGUGUUAAGUCUUUCAGGCAGGUUACCCCGAUCAGGUUCAUCAUGGUUUUGUGAAUUCUACGUUGAGACGGUGCGUAUUUGCAUGUAAUGUUCACAUCUUGGAUGAGACGAACCCGGUUUAACAAGAAAACGGGAACAGUGGAACUGAUGGCUGUGUGAUGACAACUGCAUGUUUCCCUUCACUGGAGCCAUAGGGUAGCAGGGAACGGCUGGCUGUUAGAAGGUUUAUACUGGAGUCACAGCAGAGCUUCCAGCCACCUGGUUUACAAGUGUGGGAGGGGGUAGAGCAUUGUCACUCACAUUUCCUGCUGAGGAAAAUGUCAUUUGCACUUUUCAAGUAGUUGACCUUUACUGAUAACCCAUUUUUGUUGCUGCUGUUGGUGGUAUGAGGUAACUCCAUAAAUAAAAGAAUGCUGUGCUACAACCUUUGAUCAUGGAACAAAGGGCACAUCCAAACUCUUGUAAUUUUACAGUGGCUUGGGCGUUCAUUUGUUUAUAAAGAGGGGGUGGGAAGGUGUUUCUAUGUGAACUAAUGUACAUAAAUGACUGGAGCUCAGCUGGUUUUAAAAAGGCCACGUGAACUCUUUGUGCCUCCAGAUGGAAAUUCUUACAACCGUCUGAUUUAAUCUUUUCCUGUGUUACAAGCUGCGACCAAGAUGUUCUCAGAAUGAAUGUUGGGGUGAGGUUGUGUAUAGCUUUGAUAACAGGUGCUCAAUAUUUCAGAUAGAAGCACUGUUUAGCAGGAUGCUUUUUAAAAUUAGUGUUUAUAAACAUUUUCUUGCAUUCACACAAAUAGUAAACACUGAGCUAGCUAAGAAGCUGACAGUAUUUGUCUUCACUUUGCAGUUACAUAACACAAAAGGAAAAUGCUUCUGGCUAUCCCUGUGCACGAUGAGCCCUACUUCUCUCAAGCUGAGCCGUUUUUAACUUGCAGUGUUCACUGUAACUUGGCAGUUGGUGCUGAAGGCCUGUGAUGAUCUGUGAAACCCUGAACCAGUCAAUGGUUCAGAGAGGGAAUGGACGACUCCCUGCUGAUGGUGAACUGGCUGAAGGGCACACAAGAGCAUACGGUGAACAAGUGAUUCAAGCCUGAUAUUUAUUCAGGUCCUGGUUCUCAGUUUCAUUCAUAAAGCAGUGCUGGCAAUGUUGCCAUUGCAGAUGCUUCCAUAAUUCCUGUUGGAGAUCCUAAUAUAGCUGUGGGAAAAAUAUCCUCUCAGUCCAGCACGUUUGAAACAAAAGGAGAGUCCAAUAAGGCUGUAGAUGGGUCUCUGACAAAUAGUUAUGCAAAUGGAGAUUGCACCCUGACAAAGAAGGAAUUUGAACCCUGGUGGAUGGUGGAUUUGAUUUCAGCGUUUCAGGUGUCUGCUGUGGUGGUCACCAAUAGAGGAGACUGUUGUGAAUCAUGCAUAAAAGGAGCGGAAAUUCUGAUUGGAGAUUUGCCGGAGAAGGGAGGCACCAUGAAUCCCAGGUGUGCCACCAUCAGCAGCAUGGAUCUUGGGGAAACAGUGACCUUUAACUGUGGAGGAAUGCAAGGGCAGUAUGUGACCAUUACUAUCCCAGGAAGAAGAGAGUUUCUCUCGCUCUGUGAAGUGCAAGUGCUUGGACACCCAUGGCUUCACAUAGUUCAUGAUGGAGGACGGAAUCCUGUCAGAGACAGUGAAACUGAUUUAGGUCUCCAAGGCAGAACACUGAGUUUUCUGAAUGAAUCAAAGGCUAGUUUUGUUGUCAUAUCCCCACUGCAGCCUUUGAAUCUUAUGGAAUUCACACUAUGCAUGAGGGUGGCUGUAGAACAUCUGGGUGAACGCAAAGUCAUUCUCUUCUCCUACCAGUCUCCCAAUGAUGAACUGCGAAUCUUGCGUGAAUCAAGUGGUAAUUUUGGUUUACACAUGGGUGGGCGGAAUGUGACAUUUGCACUCCCUGACCUCAACACUUUUGGGAGUCAUUUGUGUGUGACCUGGGAAUCCACGUUUGGUCUUGUAACCUUUUGGAUAAAUGGAAAACCGAGUAUCAGGAAGAUAUAUAAUGUGGGACACGUUCUUCAACCUGGGGGUACUGCAGUGCUUGGACAGGAUCAGAGCGCACAAACCAUGUCUGAGAAGCAGAAUCGACGUUUUGUGGGAGAAAUAAGAGAUCUCUACAUGUGGGAUUAUGUACUGCAGUCUCGGGACAUUGAGAAUGUUUUCCAGAUGCAUAACUUUCCCAGGGGAAAUAUCUUUGACUGGAAAAUCUUAUCGUACAAGAUAAAAGGGAAUGUGAGGGUAUUGCCUCAGUAAGAACAGCCAAGGGAGGUAUGAGCAUUCAGAGUCCUGGAAAUUCUUAUUUCCUUUGUGCAGCCAGCAGGCAAGGAUGCUAUUUGUUGGCCUCCUAAGAAGUUCAAGGCACAUCUGAUGAAUAACUUGCACUUAUUCUGUCAUUAUUAUUCCCAUUGCACAAUGGUAUAUCUUGAAUUAACUGCUCCAAAUAUAAAAUCAAAUAGUUAUGUGAUAACCAAAUCUGAGUGUUCUCUCCCUCCCCCCUCCCGCCCCCUGCCAUAUGUUUGUUUGCAUAGUGGUUUCUGCAGUGGACAAGAAUUCUUGAUACUGAUUUAAGCUACUAGAGAAUUGAGGGGGGGGGGGCACUGAAAUCCUCAGGAUUCUAGUAACAGUUUGGGGUUCAAUAUGGGCCAGUAAGGAUAGUGGUAUAGUCUGAAGAAAGGGCAUUUUAGCUCUUUAAAGAGAGAAUAUCGGAUGUUUUUCUCAACCUAGCAGCAAAUUUUAAAAUCUCCUUUUGCAUUAUCUGUUCUUAAUAUUACUGAUACUUUAUAAUGUAUAAAUAUUAUUCAUUACUAAUGUAUGCACUAUUGAUGUAGAUGGCACAUCAGAAGCAAAAAAGGACAAGUGAAUACUGCAGGGCAAUCAAAACUGGUUAGCAAUCGGGUUUAUCUCUUUGGGAGUCUGUUCCUUAUUUAUCUGAAGGUCAACAGACAGUUUCUCUUCUCUAUGUUCAAGUAGUUGAUGUUUGUUACUUACUUUCAAAACUUGACAAGAACAAUAAAAACUUGUUAUGAGAUUUUCCUCCCACAAA